GGGCAGGCAUUUGUUCCUUACCUUUCAGCUCUACAAAGAGGAAGAGCAGCACCUUACCCCACAACUGCAGCUAGCCUCGAUCCUGCCUCCACCAUGGGCAGGCGUGCUCUGGAGGUGGUGCUGCUAAACGUUGCCUGUGCAUUUUUAUCCUGCCAUGCUGAUGUGGGGAAUUAUGAGAUGGAGCUCAAAUCAACCCCACAAUCUACUUUGUUCCUACAGAGAACUACUUCUGCUCAGUCAGUUUCCCCAUAUCAGAUAACUUCUUCUAGCCAUGCAGUCACCACACUUUUCUCCAGCAGGACAAGUAAUAUUAUAACUACCCCAUUCAGCCAAAGAACAUCUGUAGUCACUGCCACCCAAACAACACACCAUAAUCCAGUAACAACAGCAUCGGCCCCUAACAUGACAACGCAAGCAAGAGAAAACAGCACCCAGCUGACCAGCAAGGUGACCCAUCUAAUAUUAACAACUACAGUAGCAGGUAAGAAAACAACUGCAAAGCCCCCACUGCCAACCAAUGAAACUACAACCCAUGUAAGAGUAACAACUACAGGACAACCAUCUAACAAGACAACCAUCCAGAGAACUGAGAAAACCAUACUGCCAACCAACCAAACAACCCACUCAAGUGUAGCAACUACAGCUGCAGCUAAGAAGACAACUGCAAAGCCCACAUCACCAACCAAUCAAACUACAACCCUAGCAGUAACAACUACAGCAACAACCAAGAAGACAGCUGUAAAGACCACCACGCAGCCAACUAAACAAACAACUCAUACAGCAGCAAAAACUACAGCCAGAACCAACAUGACAACCAUUCAUCCAGGGAAUCAAACAACCAGACCCGCUACGACAGCCCUUGUGGAGCCCACCCUUGCACCUAAUACAUCAUCACCCACUACUGGAGCCUACAAUGUUUCCAAUGGAAGUGUGAACUGCAUUAAAGCAUCAAUGGGAUUGGAGCUGAUUGUUCAAAAUUCUAAGACGCAGAAGAAGGGAUACUUCAAUAUUGAUCCCAGCAUCACACAAACAUCUGGAAGCUGUGGAAAUCUGCAAUCAAAUCUGAACUUAACUUUUAACGGAGGCUUUAUAAGCUUCACCUUUGUAAAGAAAGAUAGAAUCUAUUACAUCAGUACAGUUGAGGCCAGCUUAAAGAUACCCUCCGUGGGUUCAUGGCAUAAUGUUACAAGCAAGCAGCUGUUUACAGCUACGAUGGGGAAUUCAUUUAAGUGUCUCAGCAAACAGAUGGUGAACCUGGCAGACAACUUCCAGCUUCUCACUGUUAACACCCAACUCCAAGCCUUUGCCAUUGUUGGUAACCAGUUUGGGAAAGAGGAAGAAUGCUCUCUUGACAGAAACAGGAGAACAAUCCCUAUUGCAUUGGGCCUGAGCAUUCUGGGAUUGUUUGUCAUUGUACUUGCCUUCGGGCUAAUUUCCAGAAGAAAGCCAAAUAGAGGAUAUGAACGCAUCUGAAUUGCCCACACACUUCAAAAUUGGAGGAGUGUGCAGCUGACUUCAACAUCAUUUUUCUUGCGAUUGGCUUCUUCGUGAUCUUUAUCGUCGGCAUCCUGGCACUCAUCCUCUAUGCAGUCUGCCUUAAGCGUAAAUCAUCUGCGUACCAGAGAAUCUAGUAGAUCAAAAUAAUUUCAUAUAAAUAAUGAGAAUCAUUUCAUGAAAAGAUUUUAGAAUUUCAAGUCUGCCAUAAUUUUCCUUCUAAUAACACUGUUAGAACAAUGUAAAACGCCAGAGUAUGUGUAUCUAGUUAUGAAAUCAAGUACCUGGUCAGUUUAUUGAGCUACCUGCAACUGAGAAGAAGGGGAACAGGUUUAAUACAGUUCACUUGUGUUCAGAAAGAGGAUUUUCAGUGGCCUAUUUAAAUUCAACUGUUGUUUUUACAACACAGUUUAUGGAUCAUACGUAGGAAAUGGGUUACUAUACGGAAGAGCAUAAAUUUGAAAACUGAAUUUACAAAGAACAUGCAAUGUAACCAUUACUCUCCCAGCAUGUUACUGGCAUUUUAAGGGCAUAAUCCUGAGGGCUGCUGAAGGAGCACAGCAGCUCACGGGAUCAGGCUGUAAACCUUUCUGACUGGGUCCUUCUAAAGUUAUGCAUGUAUAAAAUGUGUUUGUUUUAUUCACAAUUAAAGCCAUGAAUAGCUGCAGCCCAGUAUACUUAACUGAUCUCCUUUCUUGUAUGUUCCUAGCCAUUUGUUAGAAUCUCAAAUGUUGGGUUUCCUCGUCUGUCCCGUUUUUAAUCUUGUAUCAAUGGGAACCAGAGCAUUUUCUUGUUAUGCUCCUUGCCUGGGAAACUCUGUUACUAUUCAGUCUUUUAACAUUUGAUACCCAGUUGAAGAGAGACCUGUUUACUCUUGCUUUAACGAGUCUUGAUUACUGAUAAUUUAACUGUGUUUCAUUGUGCAGUGCCCUGUGCCAUUUUUAUGGAUGAUGCAAAAUAAAUACAUUCUAUUGCAUACUUUGGACUAGAGUUAUAAAUCAAACUGUUAGUGGUGAAUAAUGUUUGAGUUUAUGUUUAUCUUGUUUUUUUUCCGUGUUGGGGGGGAAGGGUCUUUUUUAUUUAAAAAAAAAGUUAAAUGCAAUCCUUUUCCUUGCAAUGAGUAAAAUGAUAGAUUUGUACCAACUGGCACUGAUGCAGUGUACAAUGCAAAUGCAGCCAUAGGGCCAGAUCCAUAGCUGGUGUAAAUCAGCAAAGAGUCAUUGAAGCCAUUGACGCUAUGGCCACUUAUACAAACUAAAAAGCCAGUGCAGAUACAGUGAUUUUUACACCAGCUGAGGAGUCAAUGGACCUUCACUGCUUUACAGUUGCUGAGGAUCUGGCCCUCAAUGUGAACCCAUUCUCUGACAAUCAGUAACACCCAAUCUACUCAAUCCCAGGAACAGAUGUUUUCAAGAAGCACGAACAAAUGGCAGUAGAGAUGUAGGUAGGGGCAAUAGCUUGGUCAGGAAGUGUUGCCUUGAGUGUUAUGGGAAGUAAGAGUAGGCAGCAAACUUGCUGCUUGAGCUGCUGCAUGCAAUUUUUUGGCAGGCACUUAUGCUCAUUUCCUGCCAGAAUUUAGCUUAAUAUUUGGUGCGUGGCUUCUCUUCUGAGUAAUUGUUCAUAUGCUUUUCUUAGGAGCUUCCAGCUUCAGUGGGGGGAAAUCUACAGAUUUAGUGGCUCUUGGUUGCAGGGUUUUGUUGCUAAAUGUAUUGUUUGAGGAAACAUUCCAUACAAAGUACGGGUUGCACAGGAGUAACAUGCAGUGAGAUUUUUAAGAAUUGACCGUAUAAUAUUCUGUAUAUUGGACAUGCUGUCACACUAAUACCACUCUUAACCCCAUCCGUUUCUUCUACUAUUUGCUUUUUCUCAUCUGAACGGAUCAUCAGUGCUGACAAUGCUACCUAACCGAGCGGCCCCGCUUCUCUUUGCCAUAGUUGUUCCUUGCCAAAGUCCACCUCUUCUCCAACAUCUCGCACACAAUGUUGGAUCAUAGAACUAGAUACAAAAACACCCUGCUAAAAUCCCUAACUCCCUUAGGCUUCAACUAAAAAUCACAGUCUAGAUCAUGUACUACAUCCUACUGCAAAUGCAAGAUACAACCUAACAAGAAAGGGCAUAUCACAUAUUAUACCAAGCUCAUACUUGUUCUUAGCCAAAAAGCCAAUAAGAUAAUAAUGCAAAGCUUUAUUUCCUUCACAAAGGGCAAAUAAAGCCCAAUAUAAAAAUUGGCUGCAAAUAGCUGCAAGGAGAGGGGUGGGAGAUUUAAAUGCACUUCUUGAGAAUACAGACACCAUUAGCUUAUUGACUUAUCUCCUUAACUGUUAUCCUGCCAUUAUCAAUGGGUCCCAACAUAAUUACCUAGUUAUGAAAAUCAUGUAUGUGCUGUACUUUUCUACUGUUGGAGUUUCUGUAAUAAAGAUUGUUUUCAGCCAU